UGCCUCCACUAAGCCGUACACGAAGGAGGAGGAGGAGAAGAUGGCCGCCGUCCUGAGGGAAAGAAAGGAGAAGAAAGAGGCCAAGAAGAAGGCCCUACAGGAGGAGCAGGCGGCCAAGCUGAAGAAGAUAGAGGAAGAGAUGGCCAGAGAGAUAGAGAGAGAAAAAAAAGAAAGAAGAAGAGGAGAGAACCUGAAAGAGGUGGAAGAGGAAGAGGAGGAAGAUGAAACGCCGCUGCAAAGGAAGAGAGGGCAGUACAGUGGCCGCAAAGAUGAUGAGAUGGAAAAACGGAUUUCAGAAUGGGUCGCCAACCUAUCCCUGGGUGAAGAAGAAGAGGUGGCGAUGUAUAUCCCCAAGGAUGAUCAGGAAGCGGCUAUGAGAGCCUGGGACACAGAGGAAGAUGUCAUCAAGCGGCAGGCGAUGGAAGAUGAGAAGAGGAUGGAGUGGAAACUGGCAGUGAUGAGGGAGAAGAAGAGGAGAGUGGACGCGGCAGCAGAUGCGGCGGAAGAAUUGGAGGAGGUAAAAAAGAUAGAAGAGCAAUUAGCCGCCUGGGCUGAACUCCCAAAGGAAAUGGAGGUCAUAGCCGGAAACGUUGCACGCUUAACGCAAAUUCAGGCAGUGCAGUAUGACUUCAACAGGAGUCAGCAUAUAGCUGUGCGUUCGAUACGAUUGGGAUUUCGGGACUUUGCUCGUUAGUUGGUGGGAGUUGUAGGAGCCGAGGUGGGCCACCGCCUCGACAAGACUGAGCGAUUUUGUGCUGGCGCCAUUCAAGGCGUCAAGGCGGCCGCUCCCAAGGAGGAGGAAGCACGUCCUUGCCGGGAGCCGGUCAAAGUCAAAUUCCCUGAUUCCUACAGUGGAAAACGGGAAGAAAACUUUGACAAUUGGGAGGCCAAUGUCAAGACCUAUGUGCAUCUGCAACAGGUCUCCCCGGAUCAGCAUGUUCAAAUUGCGAUCCACGCGCUUAGAGACGA